GUAUCAAUAUCCCGCAUAUAGUACGAGAUGUUUCCUUGUUUUCUACGCGUGAUUGCCAUUCCUAAUUGAGAACGUGUCGCAUUGCACUGCUGAUUGAAACAUAUUCGGAGCCAUUGUUCGACCACUCACGAAAUGUACUAAAUUUUACUGAUUACUUAUCAUAUAAUCUUCUUGAGCGUGUCGUACAGAUUCACCCAUAACAAGUGGCAUAAAUGGGUCACACGAAACCUCCUUUCGCGAUCGCUACCCCUCGAGCCCUAUAACCAACAAUAUUUACUCUCACCGUGGCGCCAUUUCGGUGUUCAAAUAGGUCUGCCCUUUCCCCAAAAUGGCAACUUGCAGGACUGCCGUCAACAACUGCGGGGUGCUCACAACGUAAAGAUCUGCAUUCAGUUGUUGUGAACGCAGGCAGGGCAGAUAAGCUUUUCAGCGUUUGCAAAAAAGAUUGGAAAGUUUGAUGAAUCGAAUACUGCUGUCGCCCUAAACUGUGGCUUCAGGUAUCUAUUGGUGUACCAAUACGUGUGCGUGGUGGCAUAAACAGCUAUCGCUUCAUAAGCAGGUGACGUCAUCGGUGAACUUAUUCGAAUCGACUGGGAUAGAAGACACCGCCUAGCGGCGACAACACUUGGUCGCAAUGGAUUUUGAUAGUCCCGAAGCAGAGCAAGACUUUCCCGGCCUUUAUACCGAAGACAAGAUAGGCGGUGAUGAUGAAAGCAGGAAGAUAUUGUCGGUUAAAAAGAAGAAAGAUAAAGAUAAAGACAAGGGAUACAAAGCGUUCGAGGAGGACGGCUCCGGGGGAUCCACUGAAGACCUCAACAAGGGCUCGUCAUCUCGAAGGUUUAAGUUCGGCAAAUCUAGCUCGAAAUCGAGCAGUAAACCUGUUAAGGUAAAGCUCUUCGGUGUCGAACUUAAGGAUGUCGUACAAAGAAAUCCCAGUGACGAGCCAAAACGACCACUUGUCCCACGAUUUUUAUUACGGGCGUUAAACUAUCUCGAAAGAGAGUAUAAGCCAGGCAUGAACUUCUACAAGGGGACGUCUCAUUAUAAGUCUAAAAUUCACGUUGUGCGACAUGGUCUAAAUUAUGGGGAGGAGCUACCGCUUCAAGACCCUCAAAUUGUGGCUGGACUCGUUAAACUAUUCGUACGCGAACUUCCUUGUCACAUUUUGGGGGCGGUCAUCGAGUCCAAGUUGGAGGAGGCGCGGCCUUCAGAGAAGAAAGCACAGAAAAUUCAAAAUCUGUACAAAAAUGAAGUUUCUGGAGUAAACCGAGCAGUCUUCGAGCGUUUAGUCCUUCACAUGGACAUAAUUGGAAUCGAUCUAACGCCGUUGCUUCGGGUUUCCCAAAGGGCACUAGCGCUUCUAAAGCCAGUAAUGUCUCCGCUGAGCGUUGAGGACGAACUGAAGGUCGAAGAGGCACGCUUAGCACGUAUGCACGCACAGGUGGCUACGAAAGAAAAUGGAAGCAAAGAUAAAACUGGUUCAAAGGAUACUAGCAAGCAUAAAGAUAAUGAAGAAAAACUUUGGGAAGCGCAGCGUAACGUCACCCAGUUGAAACGAAAGCUUAAGCAGAUGAAUUCUGUAAGCCACACCGAUGACAAGGAAGUCGAACUCAACCUUAAAGAACGUAUAGAAGAUCCAGUAGUCAUAAAGGAUGACCACAAAAAAGAAACAUUUUUAAAGAAGGAUCAAGAACCUAUAUCGGCGAUAGUUGAGGAGCCCCGCACCAAAUCGCCUGCAAAGAAGGAGCAAUACAAAGAGGCUUAUACAGCUCAUCAUAACUCCGCAUCACGAAUUAAAUCAGAGGAACUUGACAGUAACCGGCAAGUUGAAGAGAAAAAAGUAGAAGUUCCUAAUGAUAGUGAGCAAAAUACAGUCGAAGACUCCAUGGCCCCAGUGGCCAAAUCCGAGACCGAAGAGGUCAAGGCAAUGGCAGAAGCUCUAGACCCUGGAACACACGCUUCUGCGGAGAAGAUCUCACCAGUGUCAGAACCUAAGCACGAUCAGAUUCUCCAGCCAGUUCCAGUUCCGCCGAUUGAGGCAAAACCGCCAUCACUACCAUCGGCAACAGCGAUUAAUAAGCCUCUACGGAUCUCAUCCCCAGUAGAUAACCCCACCCAUAUAGUGCAAGAUAUACAGAACGUUUUUGCAGAUACGACUUCAUUCGACCAAGUUGUUGAGUCGUUUCAGACUAACACAAUAGGAAGUGAUUCCAUUGUGGCAUCAACCUCACCUUUUGGCCCGAGCAGCGAGCCUAUAUUAAACGCUACAGGUCCGCCUUUACCUGAGGCACAGCUAGUCAAGCCCGAGGCGCUAACUGGAAAACCCCUCGAAGACGCCGAGCUGCGUCGUAUACAGCAGGAAUGGCGGUUUGUACUCGCCGAACAAGUCGAGCUACUGCGAAUGAAUCACGAUCUGAAGCGUCGAAUUCGUGACGAGUACAAACAGAUAAAAAUGAUCCAGAUGGUCCGGAAUCAUAAAUCGCGUCUUUCCCAGAUCAAGCCAAUGUACCAUGAUCCGCUAGAAAAGAUUCCAACGGACAAGCUCUGUGAGGUGCUGCAACGGCUUAUUGAAUCAAAUACGAACCUCACGAACGCAACGAAGGCAGUCGCCGCUCAAGUUUUUGAUGAAAAGCUGGCUGUUGCUAGGGCGCGAGCACUGGAAAGAUGUAUCAGCCUUAACUAAAAGAAAAACAUGCCUUUCGGACGGUAUCAUAGUGGAUGCUAAACGGCGUGGUAAAAGGACCUAAUUUUUACAGCGAUACACAUGGUCGCAAAAGUAGCAAUGCAACCUUGUUACGUGCGUGCCUUGUGUUUGAUCAGCUUUAAUAAUAAUUUUUAAAUUGGACGAAACAUAUUCUGUAAAGAAAAUGGCUAUAGCAAUAUGUGGCUGCAUAUCAAUCUAGAACAGAGCACAUGAUAUCUUAACUCUGGUUCCUAAAGCCUCCUUUAAAUAUCUUGUGACCGACCUUUCAUCAUAGACACAAAUACAGGUUUAAAUAACCCUCCGCAUGUUACAUAGUUUUGUUUAUGAUUGUGAUUUAAAAACACUUCGGUUUUCGCGACGAAUGGUUCGAGUGAAUAAUACCAAUCAAAUAGGGAAAUUAAUAUUUCCCUAUAAAUAUGAGAUUUCUGGAUGUUCGCAGUGAAUUUAUACGACAUUCCGUCAUGAUGAUACUACCACAUUAUGACUAUACGCUUUGAUGAUGUUAUCACAUUAUGAUAAUACGCUUUAUCAAUUUAGUCCGCCAUCACUGGAAUUAUAUAAUAGUUAAAGCGCAUAUUCAUUGAUAUCUAAUGCAUGAUAAUACUGCUAAUUUUUUUUAUCAUCGUUAUACUGUUGUUGUUGUUUUUCGUAUUACUAUUACGUGCAAUGUAUAACAAGUACCAUAGGAUUCCCCAUAGUGGAAUAGCACAACUUUAUUGCUUUACUUAACAGGCCAAGAACGAAGCCGAUGGCAAGUUCUCGAUAAAAAAUAUUAAAUGGGUGAAUAUGUCAACGUGUGUCCGAGAAAUUAUUACUCGUCAAGGAAUUAAUUUUGUGGUGGGAAUAGAAUAUUCGGAUCGUAGCUGCUGCUAUUAGCGUUCAUUAUAAGCAUCACCUCGCAUUGAAACAAAAACCAUUAUAAAAAUCAACAAUCAAAUUGUAACGACUAGUAAAUGGCGCAAAAAAUGUAAAUAUACGUAUAUAUAUUGCUAUCUCGCGCA